GUAUUUGCGGAAUGCCAUGCUUUCUUCAUAACAAUAUUGUACUGCCAAGAAUCAGAUCACAACAAGGUAGUAAGCUAACUCGUAAGGCUUUUGUUUUCCCCGGGUUUUAUUACUUGGUUCAUGUUUUCUAGGUAGUAUCAGUAACGUCAGCAACUUAGACUGUUUACUCUUUUUUUCUAACCUUAGCUCGUAACGGCUUGACAUGCUGUUGUACACUUUUUGAAUACGUUGUUGGCUCUCAAUCUGUAAGUCAAUUAAUCUCCAACAUUUCUUCAAAUAUACUUGGGACAAAACUGACAUGACAACGACGUAGCCAAUUUCGAAUGUCAACAUUUGUUUACGGCACCGAAAUUCCUAUGGGUUACUGCGAUUAACAUUAGCUGUCGACAUGUGGGGUGAAAUUGAACCAAGUUCCAACCCUGGCCCCGUUUUCAGUUUCGAAAAACCUGUUUCUACGGGUUCACACGUUGAUGCUCAAACUGAUCUAGAUCAAACUGAUCUUGGUGGUUCUAGAUCGGAUAUGGGUUGUUCGAACGAAGCACAUCUCAAAGACCAGAUGGAUUGUUCCAGCGAACUAUCCUCUAUGAUUGAAGCAGUAGCGGUCAGUGGGUGUCCAGUGAAGAGCCAGCAGCUAGGAGAGCCUGACCUAACCAUGGAAGAGAGAAGAGAAAUCUUAAUGACGCAGUACAAGACCAAGCCUCUUGUUUUCCUAGAGCGUUAUCAGACACACCUUAAGCCGGAACACCUAGGGGCUUUCUCUCACCUCAGCACGGACUGCAGGGCCCAGCACUACUGCAAGGAGGUACAGAAACGGGCGUCCAGUCAAAUUAACAGCACAAGAGUCCGUAACCAUCGCUACGGAGCUCUAAGAGCUUUACAGCGGGAGGGUCAAUACUUUAGCGAGGAGCAGAUGCGCUUUCGAGAGCCCCUAUUAUAUGAACAGUACAUUGGACAGUACCUCAGUGAGGAGGAGAUUCUCCAGCGUUCGCAGGAAGCCAUGCAGAAGGGAACUGGGGGUCUAGCCGACUUGCUCAUCGACUCCUACCAGGAGAGAGUGCUCCAGAGUCGUCUACAGGAGGAGCAGGACAGGGAGGAGGGAGCUGAGGAGGAGUCUGAGGAUGAGGAUGGUAACGGUGAGUCCAGGGAGCCAGCGUGGGAGCCAACCCCCGAAGAGAAAGCCAUGCUGAGGGAGGAGUUUGUGAGUCAAAUGCACCAGCGGUUCCUGGAUGGCAAAGAUAAGGACUUUAACUACAGUGAAGUGGAUGAAAACCCAGACUAUGACAACCUUGACAUCGUUAGCCAUGAUGCAGAGGAGCGUUACUUUGAUGAGGAUGAGGAGGAGGAGGAGGCAGACGAGGAGGAGGAGGAGGAGGAAGACGAGGAGGAUGAGAAGAUGGAAUAGUAUAUGUAUUCAGAAUUGUAAGACAGCAGUAAGUCAGCAGAUUAUGAAUGCUGUUAUGCUGAUCAAAAGAAAGGU